UUACAAACUGAAAGAAAAACAUCUCAUAUCCUUUUUGUUAAAUACAUUACAGAAAUAAAAAACAAUCAUUCAAGAAAAAUGCCAGCUAGUCUCAUAGGUGCUGCAUUCCGUUCAUCCAAGCUUAAUGAAUGUUACCUUUUCGUGAAAGAAAGGUAUGUGAUUUUAGAUUAUAAUACAUUAAGGAAAGAUCUUAUCAGUGGUCCGGUUGAUAUUGAUGCAGGAUUUCCAAUGUUUUCCAAAACGAUAUUUAAAAGGGGAAUAGAUUCUUCAUUUGAAACCGAUGGCAAUGUUGCAUACUUUUUCUCUAAAAGUCAAUGUGUCAAAACAGAUUAUGCUCCACGUUCUGGUCCUGCAGCUGCCAGAAUAGUUAUAGGUCCUAUUGAAAUUGUUGAGAUGUUUCCUUCUCUCGUGACAACACCGUUUGCAAAUGGAAUAGAUGCGGCAUUGAUCAGGCACAACGGUUCGAGCGAGGUUUAUUUAUUCAAAGGAAAUAUGUGCUGUAUUUUAGACUAUAAGUCCAAUGAUGUUUAUAAUCUUAUAAACAUUACCUAUCAUUAUCCGGCAUUUUUCAAUACAGUCUUUAAAGACGGUAUUGAUGCAGCUUUUACUUCUCAUAGUGGGAGUGAAAUUUUCAUUUUCAAAGGAGAACAUUGUGCACGUAUUAAUCUUGCCGGAGAAUUUAUUGGUGGUAUCAAACGAAUCCAUGAUGAUUGGCCCACUCUUCGUGGCAUAAUAUAAUACUAUCAUGCAUCACUUCUAGAACAAAUGAAAUAGUGACAAAGAUUAGUGACAGAAAAAAUAUGAAAUAUCUCUCUAAAUCUCACUAAAUUGUGAUUAAUUAGAGAAACAAAUUUCAUAUCUUAUUCUUUCUAGAUCUUCUUCAUUAAUAUAGUUUUUUUUCUAGUUUUGCGUAUAUGGUCUUAAUAUGGUUCAAUAUAUGCCGAAACUCAUGCUAUUGUUGUUCAAUAUAUGUCGUUCAUGUUAUAAUCCUGUGUUUUUUUUAGACGAUCAUGUCUUUGUUGUAUUGUUAUUUCAAUUCUAAUGUUUCAUUUCAACAAAUUAAUGUAAGAUGUGUGUGUUGUUGUUUGGUUCCUUUCUUCAUGUAAUGAUUUAAUAAAUAUCCGACCUAUAUCUACUUUCAAAUUAGAAAAA